UAGAUUCAACUGGGAGCUUCAUCAGAAAGUGAAGAUGCCGGAGCCUGCAAAGAAAACAGUUUCUGCAUUUACCAAGAAGCCGAAGACAACAGAGGUGACAGCCGGAAGCACAGCUGUGUUUGAAGCAGAGACAGAAAAAGCUGGCAUCAAGGUGAAAUGGCAGCGAGCUGGCACAGAAAUUACUGAAAGUGAGAAAUAUGCUAUCAAGGCAGAAGGAAACAAGCAUUCACUGACAAUCAAUAAUGUAGGAAAAGAUGAUGAUGUGAUGUAUGCUGUAAUAGCUGGAACUUCCAAGGUCAAAUUUGAACUGAAGGUCAAAGAACCAGAAAAGAGUGAGCCAGUUGCUCCUGCCGAAGCUUCUCCUGCCCCAGCUGCCUCAGAGUUGCCUGCUCCACCAGUAGAAAGCAACCAAAAUUCAGAAGUUCCACCUGUUGAGACUCAACCAGAAGAGCCCGUAGACCCUAUUGGGCUCUUUGUGACACGACCUCAGGAUGGAGAAGUUACUGCUGGUGGAAACAUCACUUUCACUGCCAAAGUUGCAGGUGAGAGCCUGCUGAAGAAACCAUCAGUGAAAUGGUUCAAAGGAAAGUGGAUGGACCUGGCAAGCAAAGUGGGGAAACAUCUCCAGCUGCAUGACAGCUAUGAUAGAAACAACAAGGUGUACACCUUUGAAAUGGAAAUCAUAGAAGCAAAUAUGACUUUUGCAGGAGGAUACAGAUGUGAGGUGUCUACCAAGGACAAGUUUGAUAGUUCUAACUUCAACCUGAUAGUCAAUGAGGCACCAGUAAGUGGAGAAAUGGAUAUUCGUGCUGCCUUCCGACGCACGAGCCUGGCAGGAGGGGGCAGACGGAUGACUUCAGCCUUUCUCAGUACAGAGGGACUUGAAGAAUCUGGAGAGUUGAAUUUUAGUGCCCUACUCAAAAAGAGAGACAGUUUCUUGCGCACUGUAAAUCGAGGCGAUGGAAAAAGUGAAUCGCAACCUGAUGUUGAUGUCUGGGAAAUCCUGAGGAAAGCUCCUCCUUCUGAAUAUGAGAAAAUAGCUUUUCAGUAUGGAAUCACAGAUUUGCGUGGGAUGCUGAAACGCCUCAAACGCAUUAAGAAGGAAGAGAAAAAAAGUACAGCAUUCCUCAAGAAACUGGAUCCUGCUUAUCAAGUGGACAAAGGGCAAAAGAUUAAAUUAAUGGUUGAAGUUGCCAACCCAGAUGCUGAUGUGAAAUGGCUGAAGAACGGACAGGAGAUCCAAGUGAGCGGCAGCAAAUAUAUUUUUGAGGCUGUUGGGAAUAAGAGAAUAUUGACCAUAAACCACUGCUCUCUGGCUGAUGAUGCAGCCUAUGAAUGCGUGGUGGCUGAAGAGAAGAGCUUCACAGAAUUAUUUGUAAAAGAGCCCCCAAUCCUGAUCACUCACCCUCUGGAGGACCAAAUGGUGAUGGUUGGAGAAAGAGUGGAGUUUGAGUGUGAAGUGUCUGAAGAAGGAGCUACUGUGAAAUGGGAAAAGGAUGGAGUUGAGCUGACACGGGAAGAAACAUUCAAAUACCGAUUUAAGAAAGACGGAAAAAAGCAGUAUCUAAUUAUUAAUGAGUCAACCAAGGAAGACAGUGGACACUACACGGUGAAGACAAAUGGUGGGGUAUCAGUUGCUGAACUAAUUGUACAAGAGAAAAAGCUGGAAGUUUAUCAGAGCAUUGCGGACCUGACAGUGAAGGCACGUGACCAGGCAGUCUUCAAGUGUGAAGUUUCUGAUGAAAACGUGAAAGGAAUCUGGUUGAAAAAUGGAAAGGAGGUGGUGCCAGAUGAAAGGAUAAAGAUCUCCCAUAUUGGCAGGAUCCAUAAGCUAACUAUUGAGGACGUUACACCAGGUGAUGAGGCUGACUAUUCCUUCAUCCCUCAGGGAUUUGCUUACAACCUUUCUGCCAAGCUUCAGUUUUUGGAGGUAAAGAUUGAUUUUGUACCAAGAGAAGAGCCUCCCAAAAUCCACCUGGACUGUCUGGGCCAAUCCCCUGACACUAUUGUUGUGGUGGCUGGGAACAAACUGAGAUUGGAUGUUCCCAUAUCAGGAGAUCCAACACCUACGGUCAUCUGGCAGAAAGUGAACAAGAAAGGUGAACUUGUUCGAAGCAAUGAAGAUUCUAUAACUUCCUCAGAAAACGGCAGUGAUUUAAGUACUGAUAGUAAGCUUCUAUUUGAAUCUGAAGGCAGAGUUCGUGUGGAAAAGCACGAAGACCACUGUGUCUUCAUCAUUGAAGGAGCUGAAAUGGAGGAUGAGGGAGUAUACCGAGUUAUUGUUAAGAAUCCAGUGGGAGAAGAUAAGGCUGAUAUCACAGUCAAAGUUAUUGAUGUUCCUGACCCUCCAGAAGCUCCCAAGAUCAGCAACAUUGGAGAAGAUUACUGCACUGUGCAGUGGCAACCCCCUUCAUAUGAUGGUGGGCAACCAGUACUUGGCUAUAUUUUAGAGAGAAAGAAGAAGAAGAGCUAUCGAUGGAUGAGACUGAAUUUUGACCUUUUAAAAGAGCUAACCUAUGAAGCCAAGAGAAUGAUUGAAGGAGUAGUUUAUGAGAUGCGAAUUUAUGCUGUGAAUUCUAUUGGCAUGUCCCGGCCAAGCCCUGCCUCACAACCCUUCAUGCCAAUUGCUCCUCCAAGUGAACCAACACACUUCACAGUGGAGGAUGUCUCUGACACCACUGUUGCCUUGAAAUGGAGACCCCCUGAACGGAUUGGAGCAGGGGGAUUAGAUGGCUAUAUAGUGGAAUACUGCAAAGAUGGAUCUACGGAAUGGAUUCCAGCUCUUCCUGGCCUAACUGAGCGUACAUCCGCACUGAUUAAAGACCUGGUCACAGGUGAUAAACUUCAUUUCCGUAUAAAGGCUAUAAACUUGGCUGGUGAAAGCGGAGCAGCAAUAAUCAAAGAGCCCAUUACUGUUCAAGAGAUCAUGCAGCGUCCCAAGAUCUGGUUGCCACGCCAUCUCAGACAGACUUUGGUGAAGAAAGUGGGUGAGACAAUCAAUAUAAUGAUACCUUUCCAGGGUAAACCUAGACCCAAAAUAAGUUGGAUGAAAGAUGGUCAAACUCUAGACUCCAAAGACGUGGGGAUUCGGAACAGCAACACGGACACAAUCCUUUUCAUUAGAAAGGCAGAACUUCAUCACUCAGGAGCAUAUGAAGUCACGCUUCAAAUAGAAAAUAUGACUGAUACAGUUACAAUAACAAUUCAAAUCAUUGAUAAGCCUGGCCCUCCUCAGAAUAUAAAACUGGCAGAUGUUUGGGGAUUUAACGUUGCCCUGGAGUGGACACCUCCACAAGAUGAUGGCAACGCACAGAUCUUGGGCUACACAGUCCAGAAAGCUGACAAAAAGACAAUGGAAUGGUACACUGUUUAUGACCAUUAUCGCCGUACAAACUGUGUUGUGUCAGACCUGAUUAUGGGAAAUGAGUAUUUUUUUCGAGUCUUCAGUGAAAAUUUGUGUGGAUUGAGUGAAACUGCCGCAACUACCAAAAAUCCUGCCUAUAUCCAAAAAACAGGCACUACUUACAAGCCGCCUAGCUACAAAGAACAUGACUUCUCUGAACCUCCUAAAUUCACUCACCCUUUAGUAAACCGGUCUGUGAUUGCAGGAUACAACACUACGCUUAGCUGUGCUGUGAGAGGAAUCCCUAAGCCAAAGAUAUUCUGGUACAAAAACAAAGUGGAUCUCUCUGGGGAUGCCAAAUACCGCAUGUUCAGUAAACAGGGUGUGCUGACCUUGGAGAUCCGGAAACCCACUCCAUUUGAUGGUGGCUUUUACACCUGUAAAGCUGUUAACGAGUGCGGUGAAGCUGAAAUAGAGUGCAGACUGGAUGUCAGAGUACCUCAGUAAGACUGUGAAUCUCAAUUCAUUCACACAUCAAGCCUUGGAAUGGAAUUUGAAGAGAUGAAAAAUGAAGAAACUAAUGAAGGAUAAUUUCACUUACACUUAAGAGUCCUGCUCAUGUUAAAAGUCACUGAAUAUGUACGUUGCUUUAAAAGUAAUGCCUCCUACUUAUUGCAAUGGAAAAUACAGCAGAUACAAGAGCACAGUAACACUAUUUGAUAGAAAAAAAUCUCAGCUAAAAAACACUUUUUCAAUGUAGCCACAACCAUUAGCUAAGCAUUUUCACCAGUGAUGAACAAGAGCCCGCAUGCCACACUCAUAACAGUCCACAUCAGAAGAGAUGACCCACUGUCACCACUGCUGAAACACACCACCUAGCACCUCACUGUGCUCACAUCCACUGUUUGGUCUCUAUUACUGUUCAGCAAGUGGCGAUGAACAUCAAUGAGUGCCAUUUUCUCUCCAUGGAGGAAUUCAGUGACACACCUCUGCUUCAUAAGCACUUCUGUGCCAGACGCCAUUUUGUCAGACUGCCCCUCUGCGGCUAUCUGUUACACAGCAAUAACAUGUAACUGAAUACUGGUGGGAAGGUAGUUUGGCAGUAGGGGUAGAACCAACAUCCACCCCUGAUAUCGCGGGCUGACAUCAGAAAAUAGGAGGCAUUACUUUUGGAGCAGUCCUCAUACAAACAAAUUAUUUCUAAAAUUGAAUCACCUUUCGCUGUAUUGAUCUCUGCACAGUAGAAAGUAACUUCCAGCCGUUCUGCUUUUAUUGCCAAGGCCUGAGAUACCCACUUCCAUGCUCUUGAGCAUGUAUUUGUAGAAGCAUGUCUGAAGCACACUGUUUGAGAAUCGAUGGAUUAGGGUACUGCUCUGUUUUAUACAGAAAGUGAUUUAUUUGAUAAUUACUCACUAGUGUUUUUCUAGUUUUUGAAAAGACAGACACCCACAUAGACUUUCAGGUAUUAGAUGUUUCUGCAGUCAAUCAUAGACAUCACCCUCAUCUACAGAGAAAAUGUUGUACAUCAGAUGAAACAAUGAAAGACACAAAGAAAUAUUAGUUGCACAUUAAAAAAUCAAAACAACAAGCUUGCAAUAAAUGCUAUAAAUUUACCGUCAUCAAAUAUCACUGGAGGCUUUUAAAAGUCUACGAACGGUAUGUAUAUUUUUGCAGGUAAUUAUGUCUAAUCAAGGGAAAUGGUAGCAUUUUUUGUUUCUCACUUACUAGUUUGAAUAGGAUUUGUGGGUUGGGGAUUUUUAGACCUCCAUUAAUUUCUGGCUGGAAAGUAUUUUUUCAUGAAAUCACAAUACAAGAGAAAGUGGGAAGAUGAAAUUAAUCCAGGAAACUUUGUGCUUUGGAAGAAUCAACAGGAAGAACUAAAGUAACACUAUUCCCCCUACCUCCAACAUGUCAGUUGAGAAGGUAAAGCGUUUCUGACAUGGCGUGUUAGUUGUACCAAACAAGCACUUGUAUCUUCAUAAUUAAAACACUUAUGUAAUGAGAUGUGUAUUUUGGUUAUUUUAUUACAGUACCAGAACAAAGACAGACCUUGAACACCAGCAUCAAUAUUUGCCUGCAAUACACUGCUGUUACUCAACAAAUAAAUAAAAGUGAUGGAAAAUAAGCAAAUAAGUUUACACUGUUCUGUUCUUUCUUAUUUUGAGCAACACUAUUAUUUUAAAAGUAAGGCACAUAUAAUACGUAGAAGUCAGACAUGCUCUACAUUACAAAUAAAUUUAUUAUCUACUACUAGAAUGUUAAGUGGAUUUACAGGAUCAACCCAGCAUCUGUGGGACUACAGCUAUGGAAAAGCAGAGACUGAAUUGCAAGAGCUUAGAUUACAAAGGACAGUUUAUCCUAAAGAGAAGCAGGUACUAUUACAAAUACAUUCUAUUACCAGAAAGGUGUUUCAAUGAAGAGAACAGAUUCUCACAGUACAGUACUGAAAGAGUACAAAAGUAAACCAAAAGACACUAAGAAAAUGGCAUUUUCCACUUGAUUUUUAGCUAUUCAACAUGAGCAAGGCAUUUUUGGGAAGAGCAAUACUUCCAAAAGUGAACAUUUAUUUCCCCUCUCAGCUGUGAAAAGAAGGACACUGUAUUAAAUGUUAGUCAGUCGUAUUUUUCAUGUAAUGAUGUCCAAAUUGUCUUCAAGUCCAAAAUUCUACCACAUAUACAGAUGUCUCUCACAUACAUGUAAAUCCAAAGAUGAAGUUACAAAAAAAAAAAAAAAAAAGGACACGCCAGUUACCUUUCUGAAAACGUGAAUCCUAAAUUCAAAAGGCAAAGUGCUGCUCACACACUGAAAAGAGGAAACGGGGCAAGCUGCCUCCACAAGAUCAGAACUUUCUAACUCAAGUUCUAGAAUGAUCCUUUGAAAUUUCUAUGUGUGUGUUGCUGUUUUCCAACCAUUUAGUAUUGUAGUUUAUCUUUUCUGUUUCUGAUGGUGAUCUUGACUAUACAGUUAACUGAUUGUUAAUUUCAGGUUGUUAAGAAAUACAUACAUUAUGUUCACCCCUAUCUGAUUAAAACUAAUAAACUCAGCAGCUUCUCCCAAACGUAGCCAGCUAAGGACAAUUAAGUAUUGCAAUAUCCCCCAGCAUACCUAAAUACCUACUUGACAAAUGAUGGUUUUUAACUUACCUUUUCCUGCGUGGAAUCUCCUCUGCUACAAAAUCGGAUGGGGGUAUGGUUUCUAAAUGUUGUGGCAACUAUUUGUGUGCUGCAGUUGUGAAGUACUAUUAGCACUACCCGAAUCUCACUUAAAAGGCAUAAAACCGAGCUCCUCUUCAGGUCGCUCGCAGACUACAUGAUGGUGAUCUAUGUGUUUAGUUUAUUUAUCCGUCCUCCUUCAAUGCCAGCGCCUGACUUUUGGGUAGCGAAGGUGCAACGCAAGGAGCCCCGUGGCUCCGCGGCCCCCGGGCCCAAGGGCGCAUCGCCUCAGCGCUUCCCGCCCAGCAGCGGCGCGUGCCGCCCCCAGCCGUCGGGGCGCUCGUGCCGGCCGCCUCGCGCCGCAGGAACAUCGCCCCGACGUUGCUUUGCGACGAGGCGGCAGUGCGGCUUUGGCCGUGCCAGGGAGCAUGAGCAUGCACCGGGCUCUUGUCACAAACCGCUGCUCAGACACACGUCACAUUUUCCCUUCGCGCAAUAGUUUUAAUUUAAUUUAAAAGUAAGUUUCUAGGAGGCCCCUCUUGGACUGAGAACCCGCUGCCAGGUUUGUAAAGGCACAUUCAUUGGAAGCACCUGGCAGGGGGAAGAGCAGCAGUCAGCCCAUUAGUACCUCAGCACUUUGGUUUCCAAUCAAUUCAAAAGAAAAGCCACAAGUCUGCUGCCAGCCUGCCUGGUAUUCGAUACUGCUCUUCUACAAAAGGCAACGGUAAUUUUUUGUGACUUUUUCAAACUUGUCAAAGCUUAUUAUAUCAAACAAUAUAUAAAAAUCGAAUUUGACUUGCUGAGUGUUACAGUGAGAGGCCAGGAGGUUCCCACAUUAUUUUAACAAAGCUUUUCUACGCAGGUUAAGGUAGAUGUCUAAGACAGCCUCUGUAUACCUCACCUGCAGAAUCAUUCUUUCUAAGAAAGUAUUCUUGUGCUAGCUGUUUUGGGAGAGAUCUGGAAGUGAGUAGAAUGGAUACAAACAUAAGAAAAUAGCAAAUCGAUGGCAGUUCCUCCUUAAUCUUUCAAUGGUCACUCAAAUGAGAUUAAUAAGGGAAAAGGUUUUUUUGGAAGGUAGAGAAGUCAUUUAUAUUGCCUUUAUCACAAUUUCUUUACAUUAAAACCCUUUUACAUGUUUAGGAGAGAAUUUUGGCACUAUUAAUCAUGUCUGGGAGCAUGUUUAGAAAUAAAGCCAUUCCUGUAUCCUUACGAAUGAUUUUUUUAAGAACAGUCUGCUGAGAUUAAAAAUAGCCCACUGAUACCUUUCAAGUGCCUCCCAACCACAGACCUCUAUAUUAGGGCAACAGAAGUUGUCACCGAGAUAUCCUUCAUCUGUCUUUGAGAGGGGCCAUAUAGCAGUCUGCAUAAGUGAUGCAUCUUAGAACAGCUUGAACUGGUGAAAGUUUCAAAGAAACAGAUAAGAAUAGCUUCAUUUAUGAGGUCCUGAUAUGGAAAAACAAACAUCUGCUUUCUGUGCCAGGCAGAAUUGUUGACAACAAGCAGCCCUAAAACCAUAGAUAACUAUCCAACUAGCUAUGAACACAUUUCAGGGAGCCUUACUUCAAUAUACACAAAAUAUCUGUGGAUAGAAAAUUAUGGAAUAAAACUUAGAAAAAAAUAACUGGUGUGCCCUCUUUUUUCUUCACCACAGAAAAUCACAUGACUGAGUACAUAUUCACUAUAGUUUGUAAAAGAUUUCACACAAUUUUCACUGUUUUGCUUGGGAAUACAGAUUGUGGGAUUCAAAUACAUGAACUUAGGAUGUGGAUGAAAGUAAUAUAGCCUCCAAUAAGGUUGCAAGUAUAGUAGACUUUGAUCAUUUCUACUUGUUAAUCCCUCACUGGUGUAAGCAGGGCUAAGUACUACAUGUUUAGAAUGCAUUAUAUUUUCCUCUCUCUCCCCUCAAGCACAGAAAAAAUGUUAACAAUUUAGACAUUAUUCUUAGGUUAUGAGCCUGUUUUAGACAAAUUUUCUAAUGUCAGAUAAAAUGGUUGAACUGUUUCCAUCAAGGAGUGCAGGGAAGAGUUGCUGCUGGGAACCAGCACUGACCAGCAGAACUAACACUGGGUAUUUUUUCUGCUCCCUCAAUGGCACUCAUUAGCACUCCACGCAAAAUAGCUUAAGUGCAAAAGAAGAGGCUGAGGGAUGAAAGACGAUGAAAGAAGGUGACUGAGAGCUUGCUAAGAGCUGGAGAGAGGAAAAAGACUGACCGGAAGUUAGGCAGAAGCCAGGUGAGCAAGACAAAGAGUACAGCCCGGACUGCUUGGGCAGAGGCUGAAAUACGACUUAUGCAAUGAUGGUCGGAGAAAUAAGAACCUAUGAAUAAUGCUAAGGGAAACGCAGAGAGACAUCUGAUGAGCAACUGAGGUGCAGAACUGAGACUGGCUGGCUGAGUCUCGGCCAAGAAACAAAGUGUGGGGAAAUGGUGAGGAAUCCAAGCAGGGAAACUGAAAUUAAAGGGAGGGAGACCACUUGGCACCAAGGAAAAUAAAGACAGGCACUUUCAAUGGUGUUACUGAGGGAAACUGAAAAGGCAAAAAAGAAUGGAAGAAAAGGAAUGGAAAUACAAGUUUUCAUCUACUUGAAGGAAACAACUGUUUAGAGCUUUAAUUGGUGUUUUUCCUGCCACCGUUUGUUCCUUUUUGUGCAUAGCUAUUUCGGGAGAAGGGGAUUUCUAUUUCUAUGUAGGUUCCUAAACCAUGUUUAUCACUAUAGUAACUGCUGUAAAUAGAAGCAGCACUGUUUGCCCUUGGCUGCUGCAUGUAUGGUUCUUUCUUUGUGGGACUGAUGUUUUAAAACAAAAUUAGUCAGUAUUGGAACUGCCAUGUCCCAGAUGCUUUGUACACAUGUAAACAGAAAGUUAACUUUGAAAUUACAACUAAAAUAAGCCCACCUAAACAGAAAAUUAGCUACAAUUAUACUAACCUUGGUGUAACCGUUGAGCUGAUCUUACUGUAUCUGAGCACAGAAUCUGCCUGAAAGAAGUCCUCAGCUGUACUCACCAGCACUCAAAUUCCAGUCAUCAACAUGAAGCUUUAAACCUUCAGAUACAGUGCUGGAAAGAGGAGUCAUACAUCACGAUUAUUUAAAGAAUCAGCAUGGUUUUUUCUACUAUUUUAUCGAAGAGCCACACUGGAAACAGGUGUAGGAACUCAAAGCUCUUGCUGACUGUGAACAUCUUAAAAGAACAUUACAAGGUAGAACCGUACAAAAAGCCAUUACAGCUAGCAGAAGCAAAGUAACACCACUCAGUUGCUUGGAAAUGUAUUGUCCUUGUGAGAAGCAAAACUGGCUAAAAUGUGAAUUCUGGAAGAGCAAAAGCUCUUUGGCUUUGCCCUGUUUGGCAAGAUCCACUGCACAAAAGGGCUGCAUCUUACUCCUAAUUCCCACAUCUUUAGGAGCUAGGAGAUGUUUGUCUUAGAGCAGUGACUCCGAGCUCCUAAAUACCACUGGUGCAGAGGCCCAUUUUUCUCACAGAAGCAGGAUCUCAUUUCAGAGGCAGUUUUUUCUAGCUUUAAUCCAUUUGACAAUCAAGGGGAACUGAGAUCUAAAUAUUACUCUCUUCAUGAGAAGCUUAGCUUCUAUUUUUUAUUUAAUUCUCAUUUCAGUGAGUACAGGAGUCUGUGCCUGACACUGGGGCAAAUGGCUGGUUUGUUCCCGCUCCUGAUCAGCAAUACUAGCUACCACUUCCUUAUUAGCAAUACACUUGGUAGGAAAACAGUACCCUUGCUCGGCAUAAGCAGCAUGACUCUAGAAAUAUUUUUAUCUUUAUUAUUUUUGUAACAUAAAUGUUCCUAUGACAGCUUAGAAUCAGCCACAUUUUCCCUAACGCUUUGAUUACUAAGAAUUUUACUUGGAAUCUAAUUCUUCAUAAUUUAUAUCUACUAGCAAUUUGGCUUUUGAAUGCCCAGAAGAACAUUUCACCUUACAAUCCUUUCUGCCCUGAAAGCAUCAAAGCAGGAGGGCAGGGUUUAUCUGAAACUAGUAAUCAGAGCAAAAGACGUUUUUAUAAAGGUUUUCUUAAAGUAAUGAAUCAUUUCCUCAACAUCCAGCAUCAAAGGUUUGCAAAAAAUAUUUUUAAUUUUCACUUAGAAAAUGCCACCAUUUGAACACUCUGAUGCUGAAUAUUUUAAGACUCGUAUCCUCUCAUGUUAGGUACACAAAUGGCAUUCACAAACAAAAACAGACACCUUUUUUGGAACAACACAGUAAAGGUCGGCAAUCCCAAAGAUAGAUAAAUUAGGAACCCCAGUUCCACUGUGAAAACCUACCAGGAAAAUCAGUCACAAACGCCAGUGUUUGCAGAGAACAGUUAACGGUCACUUUGAAAACCAACUUCCAGAAACAAGGAAUUAUAGCAGAGAAAAAAACUUGUUUAAGAUAAGCAAAUAUCUUAAGUUUUAGGGCAAGUUCAUGAGUCUCUGUCCCAUAAUUACUGUAUUUGCUGUUUGUCUGAGUGCCUGGGAAAUACCACAAGUGUUUAAAAAAAACUUGUUAUCUUAAAAUAAUUUAACACUAAGACACAGACUCCUCCUAGUGGUAAGACUGGUAGGAUUAGCUAUUUUGUUCUACAAGUGUUCUUACACUAUUUAUUGUUACCAAUUAUUCUCAAUUAGUCUUCCAUUUGGUUUUGGAAGGUUCUUGUCGCUGCCAGAGAAUUCUUACCUAAAGAUCAAAAGAAGUAGGACAUGUCAAAACACAUGCAAAUUGCUGUAAUUAUUUUUUUCCUCCAAAGAAAAGUUUACAUACCUUUCAACACUUAGGAAUGAUGAAGCUAAGGUGGAAAGGAUAGAAGACUCAUUCUCUCAAAGACUUAUUCUCUUAGAUCAAUUUUAAAUCUGACCUCCAGACCUGUAUUUGAUCUUCAGAGAAUGGCACUGAGCAUUUAGUAGCAGAAACACAGCCCUUCUCUCAGAUGAAUAUGCUACAUUCCCAUGGUUACCAGAACACCUGCCAAGUACAAGCACACAUCAUCAAGUAUGCAAAAGAUUUUGUACAUUUCAAGAAUUUCUUCAGUUUUGAAACCACAUUUGGAGCAGAACCCCUGUGCCAGUCCACUUGCAGAGUCUGUUACCGGUUCUUACUUGUCCCUGAAGAGCAACGUCUGCAACUCCUUUGCCAGAGCUGUUCUUUAACAAACACUCCGUGAAAAGGAACAGUGGAGCAUUUUUAUUAUAAGGCCAUUUAGAGUCUUACUUGGGACUGAAGAUUUCUGCAGCCUAUACUGGACAGCACUAAAACUUUGUACUUCAAAUCAAUCACACAAAAAUAUCCCUGCAAAAAUACAGCUCUUCCAGGGAAAAAGAUGGAGUUGUAAGUGACAAAUGAUGCUGAGCAUUUAAUUGCUGUUUAAAACCUUAAUCACCCCUUUAUAAUUUCAAGAUAACUGGUUUGAGUGUGUAUUUGUAAUUUAAAAAUUAACAGUGUACCUAAAUGGGAUAAACAUUGCAGUAAGCGGAACACCUAUGUAGUCUAAAGUCAUUUCAGUCUUCACUGAAGGAUUUCCACUUCUGAUAAUGAUAUCAAGAAUACUACAUUUAGUACAAAUAUCAGUAUUGCUAUCAGAAAGCUUACAGUCUCAAAAGAUCAAAGAAAAUAAAAUACAAAACACUAAAUAUAGGAAUUGUUAAUUUCAGUUUUGCUUUCAUAUUAAGACAAAGAUGAAAAAUCUUAUGUUGCUUCUAUUUCCAUGUGCACAAAAAGUAAUAAUUCAGAUGUCCAUUUUUCUCAUUCUUGCUUUUCACUUUUUUAAAAAAUAUAAAUUACAUGGGUGUUAUGAUGGAAGAAAACAAUAACAUAAAAUAGAAGUUUCAGUUUUUCACGGGGAA